GAUGCAACUCCAACGUACCAGCCACAACGACGCAGGGGGGCGGGUAGAAAGAGGCCUACCUCCGGAAGGAGAGAAGAGGAGUGGGGGAGGGGGAGGGCGUGGCCUAUACAAGGAGACCCGGAUGCGGGCGAGAAGAGCCCCUCCUCCCCUAGUGCUUGCGGCUGACGUCGGUCGGCGCGUGGCCAAGAGGCGACGUCGUGCGGCCGGCGCGCCCUGUCGAGUUCCGUCCCUGCUCGGUGCGGGCUAUCCCGUCCGGACGCCGGCACUGCGGCCAUUUUGGGUCUGCCUCUGCCUGGGCGUCCGCCGGCUUCCGGGCCCCCCGCCGCCGUCCCCGCCUGCCGCCACUGAGGGGCCGCCUCUCCGCUCAUCUGCUCUACGCCGCUGUCCGAGGGGUCCUCUCUAUGGUGACGGGACUCUCGCCUGCCUGAGGCAGCUGCUUCCCGGCCCCUCCCGGGCUCCUCGUCCGCUCCCUCGCCAUGGACGCCGCCUCCCCGGCCGCCGCCUGCGCUCUGCUUUCCGGACUUUGGCUCUCCGACCGCCACCGUCACCGCUUCCCCCGGUGGCGCCCCUGCCGUGCCGCGGAUUACCAUCGGCCUGGAGCCCCGGCCCCGCCGUUCGGCCGGGCCGAGGGCGUAUAAGCGUCGGCCCCCGCCCCGCGAACUCGAGUGACCGUCCCGAGAAGCCCAUGGAGUCCGGAGUCCGCGCGCCCCGAGAAGGGGCCUCAUGGCUCCGGCUGCCCUUCUUUCCGCUUCCCCGUCAGGCACCGCAGGGACCCAGCUCCCCCGCCAGCGAAAAAAAUGCAGAGCCGGGGCUCGGGGCCCCUCGAAACCCUCCGCCUGAAGCUCGGGCCCGGGCCUGGCUGGCCUUGCUGGCGCAGCUCCUGGCGCCGCUGCCCAGCUUGCUGCAGAAGCUGCUGCUGUGGGGCCAGCUUCUGGGGGCCGUGAUCCCCAGCCGCUGGCUGGAGCGGGCCCCGAGAGCCCCCUCCCCGAAGGCCACGAGCUUCGAUUGUCCCUCGGAUGAGGCUGCCGCCGCCCCUCUGCAAUGGCUGGAGGAAGGCCUGCCCUGGCCGUGCGGCGCUCCAGACCUGGGACUGGAGCUGGAGGGUAAGGGCCAGCCCUUGGAGGCGAGCGCGCGCUCCCUGCUCCUGCAGCGGCAGCUGUGGGGCGCCGAGCUGGUGCACGGCAGCCUCCAGGCCCGUCUCUUCUCGGACGGGGAGCUGUGCUCUUCCCCCCACGGGGCUCUCAACAUUCAGCACUUCAACAAUUUCAACGUGGUCUCUUAUGUGCUGAACCCCACGGGGCUGGACUGUGUAUCGCGCGUGGAGCUCAGCUGCCAGGACGGCUGCUUUGUGGCCGCGGAGCCGCGGCGGCAGCCCCAGCCUCUGAACGCCGAGGGCCCCGGGACCACCGGGCGGGGCUGCCCGCACAAGGCCCCCCUCUCUCGAGAGGGGCUGCCCGAAAUCCAGCAUCUCCGGACGAAACGUCUGGAGUUCCUGCAGCAGGCUAGCAGAGGCCAAGCGCUCCCCACCCCCGACCAGGACCACGGGUAUCACAGUCUGGAGGAGGAACACAACCUGCUUCGCAUCGACCUGAGCCAAGCUUUGAAGUCUGGAUGUUGCAGAGAUAAUCCUGGACAGUCUCCGUUCCCCUCGCAGGACCCUCCCGAGGACGCCUCGGGGCCGCUGACCCAAGAGAGGCCGGCGUCUCUUCUGGGAAGUCCGGGCUCCCGCGACAGCUGGCCGGCUUGCGCCCUGCCUUUGGAGAGAGACGCCGGGGAGAUGACCCCGGGCCUGGUGGACGGCCCCGACGACGACUUCGCUGUUUCUGCCAGACCGGCCUGUAGUAACAAAUUGAUAGAUUACAUUUUGGGAGGCGCAUCCAGUGACCAGGACACCAGUAGCGAGUCCGAGGGGGAGGCCUGGGACGAGGAGGGGGAAGAUGAUGGUUUUGAUAGCGACGGUUCCCUCUCGGAAUCGGAGCCCGGCCUGCAGCGUGCGGAAGGCCUUCACCUUUGGAACUCUUUCUACAGUGUAGACCCUUAUAACCCUCAGAACUUCACAGCCACCAUUCAAACUGCUGCUAGAACAAGGAGUGUAGACCGGUGCGAUUCCGGGGAGGACUCCUCGGAGAAGUCCGUCGAGGGCUCUUCCUGGACCGAAAGCCCGCCUGGUUCUCCUGAUCACAGCUCUGGAGAGGAUGAUUGGGAAUCUAGUGCAGAUGAAGCAGAGAACUUAAGGCUCUGGAACUCCUUCAGUAACUCCGAUGAUCCCUACAACCCUUUGAACUUUAAAGCACCUUUUCAGACCGCAGGGAAAAAACGGGGAGACCCGUGCGACUCCAGCAAACGAGCGGAGUCGGCAGCAGCCAUCUCUCGGAGCGACACCGUACUGAGCUGUAAGGUGCAGCAGCUGUUAGGGAGCCCAGAGACUGGUGUCACCGACGUAGUCCAGUGUGGGAUUCUUUCCGGAGAAAGGCACACGACCACCCGCAGGAAAAAGGUAACCUUUCUUGAAGAAGUUACCGAGUAUUACAUAAGCAGUGAUGAAGAUCGCAAAGGACCUUGGGAAGAAUUAGCAAGGGAUGGAUGUCGGUUCCAGAAACGAAUUCAAGAAACAGAAGAUGCUAUUGGAUACUGCUUGACAUUUGAGCACAGACAGAAAAUUUUUAACGAACUCCAGGAAACAUACUACAAAAGAUUUAAUGUUUUCUAGUGAUUGGAAGAUGAUAGCCCUCUUGCCCCACUGAUACAUACUACCUCUUAAGAGGUGUCAUCCUUUUAAGAGCUGAAGUUGGCAGCUGCCCUUUAGUUUCUGAGAGGGAAUGAAAUUUGGAUGCAGUGCCCCCAGCUUAAUGUUACCUGUGUGCAACAAACCUACUUUGAAGUGUAUGUCUGGUUUUAUUGUUGAAAUAAGACCUCUUAAUGAAGCCUAAGAGUGUGGGGUUGUGUGACUUUUUUUAUUCUUAUUUUCUUGAAAUUAAUCCUGUUGUGUAAGUUGAAUGUGUUUUGAAUAUGUUUUUUGCUUUGGUGAAGAAGAUGGGGACCUACUAAGUUGUAAUUUUGCACUUUUUAAACUUUGAAGGGAAACAAUAUUUAUAGGGUUCAGAGCCCACUUUGAAUUCUAAUUUAAAGUAUGUAUGCCUGACUUAAAGUCUUUGUGCUCUUUAUACUUUUCUUUUUCACUCCAACAAACAGAAGAUAAAAUCUUAUAUUUUCUGUUAUAUUUUUUCCCACCUACUUAAAUAAUUGCCCUCUUGCCUUAAGGCUAUGAAAUCAGUCUUGCUUAUACUACUACUAAAUUAAAAUAAAUUUAUCUUAUACUUUGAAUUUUGUUAAAGGAAAUAUUAGUGGUAAAUUUUAAUUUUAAUUUCAGACAAAAUUUAAGCCUCGGUGAUCAGAGUGGCCAAGAGUGAUUGUAAAAAUACUGUUAACCUAUUUUUGGAAACCUUUAUCUUUUACCCAUAAAUUAUAAUUUUUUACACAUUAAAAUUAUACAUAGUAAUACAGACUCUUAGUCUCUUUUGAGAAACGUUCUUUACAUUUUUCAUGUUUCCUCAUGAUAUUUUUUUUUAAUUUUUAAAAGGCAGAAAUUCAUUGGCAUAAAACUUAACAUCCCAAAUUACUUCUCUAUCGCACAAGCUUACUUUAUUUUUAAAUUUAAGCCUGGCUGAAUUUUGCUAGGCAGAGGGUAAAAGUUCAUGGAGAAAAUUUGAUUGCUUAUCUUCUUUAAAAAACACAAACAAAAACUAAAAAACCAGUGUUAUUAAUAUCAUGCCCCCUCAGCACUGUCACUUUGAAAACUUGUCAGGGUAACACUGUGAACUUGGAAACUGGCAGUUUUGAAUUUUCCAAUUUGAAAUAUUGGAAUAUAGACUUCAGUCAUUCCAAGUUAGUGUCAAAGAAGUGGCGAAUAAAUUGGUAAAGCCCAAUAACUUUUGGAAAGGAUAGUACUGUAGACUAACAGCUAGAUAAUGUUAGCAAUGACUUAGCCCAAAGGUUACCUAUGUUUCUAUGCUUGUGCACUUAUUGUUUGAGCUUGUUCUGUUAGUUCUUCGGGCCUGUGCAUUUACUUUGUUGAGGAACAUUAACUGAAUAUUUAAAGGACAGUCUCAUAUUUUUGCUUAUCCUUCUCUUAUAGGUAAUAGAAGGACAUGGGUAGGAGAAACAAUUUCCAGGUCUAACUUGAUUACAUGUGGGAGAGAAUUUUUAGAUCAGGAACCUAGUGGAUUAGACAAGGCCUUGAAGGUUUACUACCUCAACUUAUCCUCUAUCUGGCCACUAUUCCAUGUAUGUCUAGUUUGCUCUAAAAUCCACACCAAGUAUGUUAACCAUAAAGAUACUUCAAAUUUUAAUAUUGGACAAAGUUCUUAAUUUUUUUUUUUUUUUUCAAAAAGACCUCCCUUAAAAUUUGGAAAGAAACUAAGUGCCAGAGUAAAUUUUAUGUCUACCACAGAGAUGACUGCUUUUACUAAGGUACUGACCAACAUCUUGUAUGAUCUUAUAAAUAAUACCUUAAGCUAUUUUAAAUUUAAAUAGCAUCUUACAACUUAGAAAAAAGCAUGCAUCAUUUGCUCUUCAAAUUUUUUGAUCUAUAGAAAUUCUUUUUGAAUUGUCUUUGUUCACAGGAUUAGUUGGUGCGGAUAAAAUCCUUGUAUAAUUCUUGCAUACAUAGAAGCUAUGGAACAUCUUUUUUAAUUGGACUUCAGAACACUAUUCAUUUGGGCUCUCUUUAUAUUCAACCCCUCUGCCCCUGGGUUGGGGUGACAGGCAGGGAAAUAGACCACUACAACUGUGAAUAAACUUUUUUGUUAAGGAUUCCCUCCUUAUCUCCCUCCCCCCCCAAAAAAAAACCCAACAAACCUUCCCCCAACCUAUUUUUUGAGUAUUGGGCUUGAGGGUUGUGAGGAGAGGGGAACCCCAAGUUAGUUUGAAGAAAAUAAGAAACCUGUCACUUUUUCUAGCCAUAGUGUAAAGUUGGUGGUAACUGUUCUAGCUAUAAAAACUUUUAUAACUGUAAUGGUGCUUUAAAUGGCAGUGUAGUAUGUGGGAGACUUUGUACAGAGAUGUGCUUGUUUCUGAGUGUUGAAAUAUAAAGAGCACCUCUUCAUUUUCAUCUUUAAAUCAAAACUGUAACUAAUUAUCAGAUUUUAUUUUUAUAUAAUUUUGCAAAGUAAAAGUUAGGAGACUUGGCAUACCUCUAGAUUGGCUUUUACAGACCCAGGCUGAUGUAAAUGUAACUUGUUUGUUGGGGUUUUAUAACUAAAAUUAUAUUUCAGUGUAUAAACUGUUCAAAACUAAUCUUGUAAAAAUUGUAAUAAAAAUAUUUGCAUCGAUAAAA